UAUAUAGAAAAUUAUCACAUUUAAAAUUCGUGGGCUUUUCUGUUUACCUGAAUCACUUAAUCGAUUAUGAAAAUGGUCUUUUUUCGACUAAUCGUUGCACUGCUAACAAUGUUGUUUUCAUGUUUGGCACCCAUAGACUCAUUGCAAAUGAUGGCUUUAUUGAUUGUUUGAAACUCCUUUAUUAACGCUUUAUACAGCGGUUCAGAGUACACGGCUUUCCCACUUUCUAACGAGCCAUCAAAUCUGCAGUUAUGUUAACAAACCACGUAAAAGGGUAUAACUCCAUUAAGUCUGCAGUUCUACGCGUUCAAAAGUUGUCCAGAUGGAUUCUGAUCCAAAUCAUGUGCUGCCAUGGAUUGUGUCUAAGGUUACGGUCAUCGUCAUCAAAGUAGUUCCGCCUUUUUUUCUCUUUCACUUUCCCUUUUGUUGCACAACCAGUUGAGCGAUUUUUAUGAGACUUUAUAAUGAGACUUUAUAAGAGUCGGGGUAUUACCACACACCUAUCGAAGAACCUAUCCUAUCUUAGUCUUGUUCUGUACAUACAUUGACCGUAAUUUCGUCGUGUACGAUGGAGGAGCUUGCAGAAGUGAACUUGGGCUAUGGUACACAAGGUACUUUCCCAGAGAAGGAAUUUUAGGCCUGCGUCAUCUUUAUUUCUUUCCACUAGCCGCUGCGUCUCUGUCGCUCCACAAGCUAUAAGCUUUUCCAUCAGUAUUCUUCCACAAAAGACCAUGGCGUAUCAAAACCAACGUGAGCUUCAGGCGAUUAAUCAGAUCGUAGAGGCUCUCAGCAGCAGUGAACGCAGGAGACUCUCCUACCUGUGUGGCAGCUUGGACGCGGACAACAGUAUGAGUUGUGCGAAGGAGAUGCUACAAUCUAAAGUAAUGUGCCAAGACAGAGGAGACCUGUUCCUGGCGGAGGUAGUGUUACAGCUGAGACGCUUUGAUAUCCUGAGGAAGGUGUUUGGAAUCAGCAGAGAUGAGGUGGAGAGGAUUCUUAAAUCCCGGCAGGUCCUGCCAAGAUUCAGGGUAUUGAUGGCUAAUAUAAGUGAGGAUAUGGUCUGUGAUGAUGUCAACAGUGUGAAAUUCCUGUUAAGCAACAAAUUACCUCGCGAAAAGAUGGAAACAGCAAAGAAUUUCCUGGAUGUGAUCAUUGAACUUGAGAAGCUGGAUUUAGUUUCCCCUGAAAGAGUCAACAUUGUAGAGGAAUGCUUAACAGACAUCGGCAGGGUGGACCUCUGUAAAAAAGUGGCCUUGUACAAGAUGUCAGUUGCAGCUCCUGAACAGCAUUCACCCCAACAGCAAAGACACAGAGCUCCUUGUCCGUCCCCCACUCCCAAUAUUUCCCCUUCACUACAGCAAACAAGACGAGGACAGUCCCUCCAUAUCGGUGCAGAAGCCAUACCAGUGCCUGUCCACAGAGAGCAGAGAUGUCAGAGGGCACUUGAUUGGUACAAUUUUAACAGUAAUCCCAGAGGAGUUUGUGUCAUCAUAGACUGCGUGGGAAAUGACGGAGACAUGUUGCAGCAAACAUUUGAGGCUCUUCACUUCCGUGUAUCCCUCCACAAGUUGCUGAGUGCGGAUGACACUCUGUCAGCUCUCAGGGGGAUAUUCAAGGAGAGAGAGAACCACAGAGGUGAUGGCUUUGUCUGUUGCAUUAUUAGCCGUGGUACACAAAAUCAUCUCCUGGGCACAGACUCCUACAGCACGGGUCUACAUCUGGACAGUGUCAGACGUCUUUUCACUGCCGAUGCGUGCCCCAUGAUGGCGGGCAAGCCCAAGCUGUUCUUCAUCCAGAGGUACAGCAUCCCUGAUUUCCAGCCCUGUGCCAGGAUGCACCAUCGGGAUGAGGAUUUGGAGACAGAUGGGUGUGACGGGAUGUCCAGAUAUGAUUACAUCCCUACAGAUGCAGAUGUGUUCUGGAGUCACUGCUGGACAGAUGAAUGUCAACUGGAGCAAGGAGAUCAUCGCUCAGUUUACCUGAAGGCUCUGACAGAGGCCUUACUCAGAGGACAAAAGAGGAAAACUAAGCUUGCUGAUAUUCACACUGAGGUGAAUGGGACCAUCUUUGAACAUAAUAGAAGGAAUCCUGGAGCAAACUACCACAUUGAACUGAAACAUACUCUAAGAAAAGAUCUUUAUUUACAGUAGAGAAUAUAUUCACAUCCAGUGAAACCUUAAUGUUAGAUACAUACUAACAUAGUGUGGCUUUUUUUUACUGUGUACACAGAGACACCUACUGGUUAUAUUUAUUCAAAUUUUUUUUAACCAAAAGCAGAAAAAAACUUAUUUGACUGUU